CUGACAAACCUGUCAAUGAUUCACAAACUGAUCACACGGCGAGGAGACUGCAGCACCGAACAGGUGGAUGACAUGCACCCUACCUUUCAUCUCAGCUUUGCUGCUUUGUUGGUGUUCCAUCUGCUCCUAACACAAGUCUAUGGAGGUCAGUCUGAACUGAUCGGUUCAUCCCAGCCAAUAGUAGCAACUCUUGGUGAAGAUGUGGUUUUACCAUGUUACCUGCAGCCUGCUGAAGACGCCACUGACUUGACGGUGGAGUGGACGAGACCUGAUCUAGAUCCUAGAUUUGUUCAUGUUUGGCGCUCCCAACAGGAACUUGUUGGUAAAAAGCACAUGUUGUUUGAGGGGAGAACAUCUCUAUUCAUUGAUGAGCUGACCAAAGGAAACAUUUCACUGAAACUCUCAGAAGUAAAACUCUCUGAUGAGGGACACUACAAAUGUUUCAUUCCAUCACCUGGGAAGCAGACUUUUGUUCAGCUGUGUGUUGCAUCAGUUCCUGUCUCCUCACCCAUCAUCAGUUUAUCAGGGAUGGACAGAGACAGAGGAGGAGUGGUGUUACAGUGUGAAUCCAGAGGCUGGUAUCCAGAGCCUGAGGUGUUGUGGCUGGACGCUGAGGGAAACCUGCUCUCUGCUGGACCUCCAGAGACAGUCAGAGGUCCUGAUGACCUCUAUACUGUCAGCAGCAGAGUGACUGUGGACAAGAGACACAACAACAGCUUCACCUGUAGAAUCCAACAGAACGACAUCUACCAGACCAGAGAGGCUCACAUACAUGUUCCAGAUGAUUUCUUCCUGUCCUCAUCCAGUUCUGCCGUUCCCAUCAACACUGGUUUGGCUGUUAGCUUAGCUGUUACCAUCAUGGUUAUUUUAGCAUGUGUCUUCUUUGUGUGGCGACAAAAUAGAACCAAAACCAAGAAAAGAUCAAGAGAUGAAGCUGAAAGAGGAGAAAAGCUCCUGACAGAGGAAACAGUGAAGAUGAAGGUUUUGGGAGGAAGAAAGAAUAAAAUGAAAGAUCUGACAGAGAAAUAUGAGAAGAUUGAAGAAGAGCUGCUGAAAACCAAAGAAGAACUGAUGAUCAAGACUGAAGAGAUGAGACUUCAACUGGAGAACGAGGCUGAAAAAGUGGAUAAACUGAUGGCUGAUAACAAGAAGCUUGAAGAGGAGAAGGAACAGCUGCAGAAAAUAAAAGCUGAGUUGGAACACAAAGCAGCUGCUUCGAAGAAUCCCUUUCUUUCUUGGUUGCCACUAAAUGCCAACAAACAGCAGAAGAUGGAAGUUGAGCCAGUGAAGCAGCAGGAGAUCCACCAACAAGAAGCUGAAAUGAAGUGGAAGAAGAUCACGGAAGAACUGGAAGAGAAAAGAGUUGAACUGGAGAACAAGACUGUAGCUCUGGAUCAGACUAAGAGACACGCAGAUGACCUACUGGCUGAGAACAGUACCCUUAGAGAGGAGAUAUCUCAGCUGCAGGAGGAGAAUAAAGGGAUAAAGAGAGCUGAAGAUGAGCUGACGGACAAGGCAGAUGAACUACUGGCUGAGAACAAGAAACUUGAACAGGAGACAUGGCGGCUGCAGGAGGACAACAAAGCCAUAAGGGAGCUAAAAGCUAUGCUGGAUGACGAGUUAGAGAAGCACAUCAACAGUGGAAAGGACCAGGAAGAAAAAUACCUGAAGGAAAUAGAGGAGUGGGAGAAGAAGCUCAAAGAGGAGGAGGUGAAAAGAGAAACAGCUGAGAAAGAACUAGAGGAGCUGAGGAGGAAACUGGACAUCAAGUUAGAGGAAAUCAAACCUGAACAAACACAUCUUCAGGAUUCUCUGGCAAAUCUGAACGGCGACAGCUCAGACAGUCAGGAGACGUCAGGAGACAUCACUGUGGAGGUUGAUCCCAACAACAACUUUAUCUGUCUGAGAAACGAGUCUGAGCAGGACAAACCACUGGGAGGACGUCAGUUAAAAGUCCAGAUCAACAAUAAAAAAUCUAUCACAUACAAAUUUGAUCCAUCAAUGGAACUCAAGGCUGGAAAGUCUGUUACUUUGUGGUGUAAAGGCUGUGGUCAACAUCAUCCUGACACUGGUGAACUAGUCUGGAAGGACCUGAAGUCCUGGAAGCCUGGAGACAGAGUCCAGGCCACUCUGCAGUGAAAUAGUUCCCAGCUUUUUUUGUUUAGAAACUCUUGGCUCCAUUUUGUAUUUGUAAAGUUUUAUGUGAAUAUUGAUUUGUUUAAAAGACUUUUACAGGACAAGAUCACUAUUUUAGAUUCUAUGUAACAAGUCUCCUUGUUUUCUCCAAUCAACAGAGGAAAAUCCAGAUGUUAAACCAGAAAUCAAUCUAUCUACUCUCUCUCUCAUAUUUUAAUUUUUUUUUAUUUUUUACAUUUUUUUUUAACAUUUAGAGAAUAUUUCCACACAUUUUGUUUUUGCGUUUUACAUUUUCUAUUCAAAUAAACAAGUCAAAUGUGUUAAAUUGUUUAUCAUAUACUAUCUUAGAUUUCAUCAGAAUAAAACUUCUUCAGUCAGAUCAGA